AUGAAACAGCAGCUCUGGUGUGGGAUGACUGCCAAAACUGGCACAGUGUUGUCAGGGGUCUUCACCAUCAUGGUCACAAAUAUGUACCUCAUCUUUGAACAGAAGUACCUAAGCCUUAGCAAUUGCACUGACAUCACACUGUGGAGCAAGACUACAAGUGCCACAAUCAGUGAAUAUAUCAACUGCUGGAGUUGGAACAUUGUCCUUUUGCUAUCUCUCAUCACCAUCAUGAUCAGUUGCUUCCUCCUGUACUCGGUGUAUACCCAGAUCUACACGGGUCUGAUAGUCUACAUCAUCUGGAUCUUUCUCUACGAAACUGCAAACGUUGUAAUAGAAAUUGUCACCAACAAUGAUGACAGAAUCGUUUUAGAUGUCAGAGUCAUGCGCUGGUUUGGCUUGGUGACCCGUAUAUGCAUGCACUGUUUCUGGAUAUUCUUUGUCGUCACCUACAGCCACAUAUGCUACAAAAAUUACAGACCGAGCAAUAUCAUUUCCUACAACAGACGCGUUUCUGUGACUGGCGGAGACUCUCUGCGGCAGAAACCAAAAUUUCAUCCACCACAAUAAUAAUGUUGCCUGUUCUUUCUCCUGAGAGGGAGUUCCCUCAG